AUGACAAUAAGUACGGAACAACAAAAUGGUUCUGUUGGGAUAAAUACAGCUGCAACGGCUAUUACGUCAUCAAGUCGCACAAUGCCUGCACCGGAGAUGGCACCGGCAAAAAAGCCCGAAAAAUUUUCCGACGUGGACUUUAAACAGGCAUGGAAGCAUUCUGACUUCUUGUGCAAAAAUUAUAUAUUGAGUUGUUUGGAAGAUAGUUUGUACAACGUUUACAGUGUUAUGAUAACUUCGAAAGAAUGGUGGAACGCUCUUGAUAAGAAGUACAAGACGGAAGAUGUUGGACUUAAGAAGUUUGUUCCCGCAAAGUUCUUGGACUUAAAAAUGGUUGACAGUAAGUCUCUCAUAACCCAAGUUCAAGAACUGCAAGUCAUCGUUCAUGACCUCCUUGCUGAAGGUAUGGUCAUAAAUGAAGUAUUUCAAGUUACGACAUUUAUUGAAAAGUUGCCUCCAAUGUGGAAGGACUUUAAAAACUACUUGAAACAUAAGCGCAAGGAGAUGACGUUCGAAGACCUUGUUGUUCGCCUAGGGAUUGAAGAGGACAACAAGGCUGCGGAAAAGAAGCCUCGUGGAAAUUCAAAAAUAAUGGGUGCAAAUAUUAUAUGGUGGAUUGAUUCGGGGGCAACUCGUCAUGUUUGUGCUAACAAGGAGUUGUUUACUUCUUACGCUCCAGCUGGACCCGACGGGACAAUUUUUAUGGCAAACUCCGCUACUGCAAAAAUUGAUUGA